AUGAAUAGCAGUUUAUUACUGACAAUUUUUAUUGCAUUUUUAUAUUCUAUAGCAGCGGCCAAUACUCCUGAACCCGAGGCGGCAGAUCCCGAAAAAUUAAGCGAUUGCGUGAAAAAGUGCCUGGGGCCAAUUUAUAAAAUGAAGCGAACAUUCCUCUAUGUCUUCGAAAACUUUGAAAAGGUAUGCGAAUUGCUGGAAGAUGGAGCUUUCUGUGCACAAAAAUGCGAGAAAGAGGACCAGCAUAAAUUCUGGCAAUUCACCACAUUCUAUCGGGUCUAUUGUGUCAAUCAUGAAGAGGAGCUGGAGGAGCAUUUACCAUGUCUAAAGGCUGCUGCUAAGGACGUUGAUUCAGUAUGCCAUGAUCGAUGCAGAACCGUCAACAAGGCUGAACCAGGAAUGAACAAACAAGAAAAAUUAGACCGUGCCUGCAAGGCCGUUGAAUGCUCGACAGUCUGCUAUUUCCAUGAAUUUGCCCAGGACUGCCCGAAGGCUCAAAGUUUGUUGAUUCGUAUGAAUCUUGACCAGAUUAACGAGGUUUCGCUUUCUCUGCAUCCAAAACAGCAUGAGGGGAUGAGUCACGAGUGUCGGGAUAUCCACAACCUCGAAUACAUGAAAGCCGCCAUGUUGGCCUCUUUGGAAGAA